AUGACAAGUAGUGCACAAAGAAAAUCAAUACGUAUGGCUAUAUGGAGCUUAACUUGUCUUAUAUUAAGUGCAUGUCUCUUACAUACAAUUGCUGGUACAUUAUAUUUAAUUGAAUUACAUAUUAUUCAUGAUCCCUGUUUACGUGUUGUUUAUGAUAAUACAAAACAAUUAAUUAAUCAAAUUGAUCAAGCGUUUUCUCAUUGUAUUCAAACAAUUAAAUAA